CCUGUCUUGCAGCAAGUUAUCUCUUGGUUGCAUCAUGGCUUUGUUGAUCUGCUUCCUUACUACAUCAGACACAUAUCUUGGAAGGAUGCUUACCUGGUGGUCAAUUGUUUCUUUUGUGGGAUGCAUUAUACUGGGAGUACAAGGAUGGCCAUCAAAGGAAGGAUUCAACUUCAGACCUUACCAGCCUCUUAUACGAUUACGUCACAAGCAGGAAAAGAGUCCAGAGAAUUCAAGAAACAAAGGGUAUGUGGGUCAUGAUGGCCCUGUUGGAUCAUGUGAAAAUAAGUACUGUGGAUUGGGUAGGCACUGUGCUGUUAACAGAGGGACUGGACAAGCAGAGUGUGUCUGCAUGGAACACUGCAAGCCUCACUAUAAGCCUGUGUGUGGAUCCGAUGGUGAAUUCUAUGAAAACCACUGUGAAGUGCACCGAGCUGCCUGCUUGAAAAAGCAAAAGAUCACCAUUGUUCACAAUGAAGACUGCUUCUUCAAAGGGGACAACUGUAAAUCCAUUGACUACAACAAGAUGAAGAAUUUUCUACUUGAUCUACAAAACAGAAGAUACCUUUUACAAGCAAGAGAAAGAAACACUGAAGAUAAAUUGGCUCUGAAGAAAUUACUGGUGGAUCAGAUGUUUAAUUAUUAUGAUUCAGACAACAAUGGCCUUGUGGACAGUAACGAACUAACACAGGUAAUAAAACAGGAUGAGCUUGGCAAGGAUCUAUCUGGCUGCUCUCUAUUCGAUCUGUUGAAAUAUGAUGAUUAUAAUGGUGACAAGCACCUAGGCCUGGAAGAAUUCUAUAGAGCAUUUCAAGUAAUUCAGUUGAGUCUGCCAGAAGACCAGAAAGUAAGCAUCACUGCAGCUACCGUGGGACAAAGUGCAGUUCUAAGCUGUGCCAUUCAGGGGACCUUGAGACCUCCCAUCAUCUGGAAGCGGAACAAUGUCAUUCUGAACAACUUAGAUUUGGAAGACAUCAAUGAUUUUGGUGAUGAUGGGUCCCUAUACAUUACUAAGAUUACUACAACUCACAUGGGAAAUUAUAGCUGCUAUGCGGAUGGCUAUGAUAAACUCUAUCAGACUCAUAUUCUUCAAGUGAAUGUUCCGCCUGUUAUAAGAGUCUUUCCAGAAAGCCAAGCCCGGGAGCCUGGUGUUACUGCAAGCCUUCGAUGUCAUGCUGAAGGUAUUCCCAACCCACAGCUUGGCUGGUUGAAGAAUGGAAUUGAUAUUACUCCCAAGUUGUCCAAACAGCUAACUCUUCAAGCAAACGGCAGUGAAGUUCACAUUAGCAAUGUGCGUUAUGAAGAUACAGGGGCUUACACCUGCAUUGCAAAGAAUGAAGCAGGAGUGGAUGAAGACAUCUCUUCACUUUUUGUGGAGGAUUCUGCUCGAAAGACCCUUGCAAACAUACUGUGGAGAGAGGAAGGUCUGGGGAUUGGGAAUAUGUUCUAUGUGUUUUAUGAAGAUGGAAUCAAAGUGAUACAACCUGUAGAAUGUGAAUUCCAGAGACAUAUUAAACCAAGUGAAAAGCUUCUUGGAUUCCAGGAUGAAGUUUGCCCUAAAGCUGAGGGAGAUGAAGUCCAGCAUUGUGUUUGGGCAUCUGCUGUUAAUGUAAAAGACAGAUUCAUAUAUGUAACUCAACCCACUUUAGACAGAGUGUUGAUUGUAGAUGUACAAUCCCAAAAGGUUGUGCAGGCUGUAAAUACAGACCCAGUCCCAGUGAAACUUCACUAUGACCGAUCACAUGAUCAAGUGUGGGUUCUCAGCUGGGGAAGCUUUGAUAAACACUCUCCUACAUUACAGGUGAUUACCCAGGCCAGCGGGAGCAUUUCUCACCAUACAAUUCAUACUCAACCUGUAGGCAAGCAGUUUGACAGAGUGGAUGACUUUUUCAUUCCAUCUACAACACUCCUCAUCAAUCACAUAAGGUUUGGAUUUAUUCUUCACAAAGAUGAACCUGUACUUCAGAAAAUUGACCUUGAAACUAUGUCAUACAUCAAGACAAUUAGUUUAAAGGAUUACAAUUGCAUUCCACAGUCUAUGGCUUACACACACCUUGGUGGAUAUUAUUUCAUCGACUGUAAGCCUGAUACUACUGGAGCUGUUCCACCACAACUAAUAGUGGACAGCGUUGCCGACUCCAUUAUUGGAUAUAAUGGUGAUGUAACAGGAACUCCAUAUGUCUCUCCAGAUGGUCACUAUCUAGUCAGCAUUGAUGAUGUGAAAGGUCUCAUGAGAAUCCAAAUCAUUACAAUCAGAGGAGAAAUACAGGAUGCCUUUGACAUUCAUACCAACUUGCACAUAUCUGAUGUGGCUUUUCAACCAUCGUUUACUGAAGCCCAUCAAUAUAAUGUCUUUGGUAGCUCUAGCACACAAACUGAUGUGCUAUUUGUAGAAUUGUCCUCUGGCAAGGUGAAGAUGGUGAAGAGUCUUAAGGAGCCUCUUAAGUCAGAAGAAUGGCCUUGGAACAGUAAGAAUCGGUUAAUUGAGGGUAGUGGGCUCUUUGGUCAGUACCUGAUGACGCCUUCCAAGGAAUCCCUAUUUAUUCUUGAUGGACGACUAAACAAGCUGAAUUGUGAAAUCACUGAAGUUGAAAGAGGAAACACAGUUAUUUGGGUUGGAGAAGCAUAAGGAAGCAUAUUAGAUAACAGCCGAGUGAAUAGUUUUACAGUACAUUGCACUUAACUUCAUCCUCUAAAUAUUCUUUUUU